AGGGCGCGCGCGCGGGUGCGGGUGCGGCGCGGGCGCGCGCGGUGCAGGGGGCGGGGGCGGGCUCGGUGCCCUCCUCCCCGGCUCUCUCGCUCGCCAACUCCGGGCGGCGGCGGCGGCGGCGGCGGGCAGCAUGCUGAGCCUCCUCGUCUGGAUCCUCACGCUCUCGGACACUUUCUCCCAAGGCACCCAGACCCGCUUCAGCCAGGAGCCAGCCGACCAGACCGUGGUGGCGGGGCAGCGGGCCGUGCUCCCCUGCGUGUUACUCAACUACUCGGGGAUCGUGCAGUGGACCAAGGAUGGGCUGGCACUGGGCAUGGGCCAGGGCCUCAAAGCCUGGCCGAGGUACCGGGUGGUGGGCUCCGCGGACACUGGGCAGUACAACCUGGAGAUCACGGACGCCGAACUCUCUGAUGACGCCUCUUACGAGUGCCAGGCCACGGAGGCCGCCCUGCGCUCACGGAGGGCCAAGCUCACUGUGCUCAUCCCCCCAGAGGACACCAAGAUUGACGGCGGUCCUGUGAUCCUGCUGCAGGCAGGCACCCCGCACAACCUCACGUGCCGAGCCUUCAACGCCAAGCCUGCUGCGACCAUCAUCUGGUUCCGGGAUGGCACUCAGCAGGAGGGUGCUGUGGCGAGCACGGAACUGCUGAAGGACGGAAAGCGCGAGAACACCGUCAGCCAGCUGCUCAUCAACCCCACAGACCUGGACAUCGGCCGCGUCUUCACCUGCCGCAGCGUGAACGAGGCCAUCCCGAGCGGCAAGGAGACCUCCAUAGAGCUGGACGUGCACCAUCCUCCUACGGUGACCUUGUCCAUUGAGCCACAGACUGUGCAGGAGGGCGAGCAUGUUGUCUUCACGUGCCAGGCCACCGCCAACCCCGAGAUCCUGGGCUACAGGUGGGCUAAGGGGGGCUUUGUGAUCGAAGACGCCCACGAGAGUCGCUAUGAGACGAAUGUGGACUAUUCCUUCUUUACGGAGCCCGUGUCCUGCGAAGUUCACAACGAAGUGGGGAGCACCAACGUCAGCACUUUAGUGAAUGUCCACUUUGCCCCCCGGAUCGUAGUUGACCCCAAGCCAACGACCACGGAUAUCGGCUCUGAUGUGACCCUCACGUGUGUCUGGGUCGGGAACCCCCCUCUCACCCUCACCUGGACCAAAAAGGACUCAAACAUGGGGCCCAGGCCUCCUGGCUCCCCACCCGAGGCUGCUCUCUCUGCCCAGGUCCUGAGCAAUAGCAACCAGCUGCUGCUGAAGUCGGUGACACAGGCCGAUGCGGGCACUUACACCUGCCGCGCCAUCGUCCCGCGGAUCGGGGUGGCUGAGCGGGAGGUGCCGCUCUACGUGAACGGGCCCCCCAUUAUCUCCAGCGAGGCGGUGCAGUACGCCGUGAGGGGCGAUGGCGGCAAGGUGGAGUGCUUCAUCGGGAGCACGCCCCCUCCAGACCGCAUUGCCUGGGCCUGGAAGGAGAACUUCCUGGAGGUGGGGACCCUGGAGCGCUACACAGUGGAAAGGACCAACUCGGGCAGCGGGGUGCUGUCCACUCUCACCAUCAACAACGUCAUGGAAGCCGACUUCCAGACCCACUACAACUGCACUGCCUGGAACAGCUUCGGUCCAGGCACAGCCAUCAUCCAGCUGGAGGAGCGAGAGGUUCUUCCUGUGGGCAUCAUCGCUGGGGCCACCAUUGGGGCUGGCAUCCUGCUCAUCUUCUUCUUCAUCGCCCUGGUGUUCUUCCUCUACCGGCGCCGCAAAGGCAGUCGCAAGGAUGUGACACUGAGAAAGCUGGACAUAAAGGUGGAGACGGUGAACCGAGAGCCACUGACCAUGCAUUCUGACCGUGAGGAUGACACGGCCAGUGUGUCCACAGCCACCAGGGUCAUGAAGGCCAUCUACUCGUCUUUCAAGGACGACGUGGACCUGAAGCAGGACCUGCGCUGUGACACCAUCGACACCCGGGAGGAGUAUGAGAUGAAGGACCCCACCAACGGCUACUACAACGUGCGUGCCCAUGAGGACCGUCCAUCAUCCAGGGCCGUGCUGUAUGCCGACUAUCGUGCCCCCGGCCCAACCCGCUUCGACGGCCGGCCCUCUUCUCGCCUCUCCCACUCCAGCGGCUAUGCCCAGCUCAACACCUACAGCCGCGCCCCCGCCUCUGACUACGGCCCCGAGCCUGCGCCCCCCGGCCCCGCUGCUCCGGCGGGCACCGACACGGCCAGCCAGCUGUCCUAUGAGACCUACGAGAAGUUCAACUCGCACCCGUUUCCCGGGGCAGCAGGGUAUCCCACCUACCGACUGGGCUACCCCCAGGCCCCACCGUCCGGUCUGGAGCGGACCCCGUACGAAGCGUAUGACCCCAUCGGCAAGUACGCCACGGCCACUCGCUUUUCCUACACCUCCCAGCACUCGGACUACGGCCAGCGGUUCCAGCAGCGCAUGCAGACUCACGUGUAGAGCUGGGCCAGGCGUCUCUGCGGGCAGAGGAGAAGGCUCUCGGCUUUCCCUGAUAUUCAGGGGUGUUGCUCAUUGUCCCAGCCCCGGCCCUGCUUCCCUCCUGCCGCCGCAGGGUGGGGCAGGUCCCCUGGAAACACCCCGUCCCGUGGAUGGUGCUGUGUGCGUGCCCGCCUCCCGGGCCUGCCUGCCCGGCCUCCUCCUCCAGGAGG